UGAAGCACAAAAAAAACUUUACAAUAAAAACAAAUAAAAUUCAUUGUAAAAUUACUUAGGCUAUAAAGCAACCACAAAUUCUUACCUGCAAAUAAGUGAUUUCAAUUGUGAGCUUUAUUUGAAAUAAGUGAUCCAAUCACACGAUCCAAAGUUAAUGAUAUCAUCUUGUAAAAUGCUCGCUAAUUACCGAAGCAGUUCAUUUGGUUUUUAUCGUUAUUACUAGUCGGUGAUGUUAUAACUACAUCAAACUAUGUGAAUAUAAUCCUUGUGAACGCACAAAUUCAAUCUUUAUAGUUUCAAUGCAGAGUUCACAAGAGAAAUUCAAAAUUGUAUAACACUAUUUAUUUUCAUUGUUAUUGUCGUACUUAAGAAAUAAUGUCAGACAUAAAUCAAACAUUAGAAAUUUCAGAAACAAAUGUUUCAGAAUUAUCUAUGGAAAUUGCACCUGUAAAACAGGAAGCAGAUAAUGGAGUGAAUGAAAACAGGUUUGCCGACAUGAUGGUAGAAAUAAAAAAUGAAAAUAUCUGUGAGGAUAUGCUGUUAAGCGAAAGUGGUAAUGAACUUGCACACAUAAUGGAAGUAAAGGAGGAAAACCCCAUGGAUUUGGACAGAACAAUCACUGGCAUACCUGAAACUGUGAUUUCAAAUCAAUCAAUAUUAGAACAUACAGAAUCAGAAGAAAAUAACAUUAUGACUCAUGAAAUAUUGCCUAAAACAGAACAUGAUAGUAAUUUUGAAGUAAAGGAAGAAAUUACUGUACCUAGUGAAUCAUUAGUUACCUAUGAUUAUCCCAAUUUUGAUGAUGCUGUGAGUAUGGAUAGUAAUGAUGUAGCAGUCUUGGGUAAUGUGGAAACUUGUUUGCAUGAGGACUAUAGUAUUAAAUCCGAAACUCAACCUGGCUUUGAGGGGCAGAGGCUUGAAUACGAGAAGCACGACAUAAAAGAAGAAACUGAAAUAGUGACCGAAACGCAUUUGAUUUCCAAUAAACUUAUCAAUACUACUUCUACGACAACCAACCCACAUGACGGUGUCCUACAAUCGCAAACGACCAAAACACUAGUAAUGGAAAUCCUGCCUAUACCACAUACACCGUUGUCGCUCACGAAGAUUGGUAACCCCGAAGAAAUAUUACCAACGACUUACGGUCACGAUGCGGAAUAUGAAGACAUGUUUCAGUUGAAUUCAAUAACAGGCAACGUGUUAUCAUUAGAACAGGAAGCGUAUGGAUUGCUCAAAGCAAAGAAAAAUACCACUACAACAACAAAAACGUAUCCCUGUCUCAAAUGUUCCAAGGAAUGCAAAUAUGCGUCCACCUUAAAAAACCACAUGGCUGUGCACAGAACCAUAGAGCGGCGAGCGAUGGGUAUCAUUAAAGGACGAAAGACGAGAAAGGAGAAUCAAAAGAAACGGUUAAAAGAGGAGGCGGAUAGUUGCGUCACUUACCCCAAAUACAAAAUAGAAAAGUUUGAAGAGGAUAUAAAACCGGACGUGAAGAAAGAAGGCUACGAGUGCACGUGCGGGCAAGUUUUCCAACGACGAAGUAGAAUGGAGACGUGUCUUCGGUCACACGAUGUAUAUUCAGACUCUAACACCUGGCAUCAGUGCGUAACAUGCUCUAAACAAUUCAAAGACAAAAACGAACUGAUCUCCCAUAGAAAAAGGUCGCAUCGAAAGAAAUUCCAGUGCAAAUUUUGUCCUACCGAUUACAGUACGCGGAAAGAACUGUUCAAGCAUCUGCAAGUACAUCAGAAAGUUCAACUUAUGGAAUACAAAGUGAUAUCAGAAGUUGUACAAGGCAAACAGAAGCUGAAAUGCUUUAUGUGCACCAAAAGUUACUCUGAACUGUCUGAAUUGAAAUGUCACGUCAUGGAGGACCAUAAGAGUCCUUACGUUUGUCCAAAAUGCAAGCAAACAUUCCCGAAGAUCAUAGAGUUUGGCAACCAUGUGAAAACAUACCACCCUGAAAUCGAGGGGCAGUCGGUGCUCGAUGUUCUAGAAGCAUUCUCUAUGCUAGUGAAGGCUUGGAAAUGCGAAGAAUGUGGAUUGCAAUUCCAUGAGGCAGAUAAGCUCGCACUGCAUCAAAUAGAGAAGCACAGUCCAGACGUUAAAUCUGAAUCGCAGUUCCAAUGCGCAGACUGUCGCAGAGUAUUUAUUAGCCAAAAAGGGUUGACUUCCCACAGAAGGAUACAUCAUAGCGACUACGUGGAAGAAACGGAAGCUGCUGAAAAGGGUAUAAUGUGUUUAGAAUGUCGUAAGAUAUGCAAAGACAUGGAUUCGCUGACUUCCCACAUGCGGUUACAUUCUCUAGACAGAAAGUAUCCUUGCAAAUUCUGCGAUUUCCGUUUCGCAACUCCCGAGAAGAGAAAAGCGCACGCAGAAUUGCAUACGGGAGAUAUGAAAUACGUCUGUUUCAUAUGCGAGUACCAGUGCAGUUCGGAAAACCGUUUAUCUCAGCACAAAAUGUCUUUGAAACAUUUGAACAUGAAGGAGUUUUUGUUGACUGGCAAGCCUCUUCUUAUAGAAGAGGCUCAGUCACCAUCCAAACCGAAAACUAAAAAGAAGAAAGGGGAAAAGAAAAAAGAUGAAGUGGACAGUGAAAGUGCUUGUGAACAGAGUGUUCCUUGUGAUAUAUGCGGCGAGAGUUUCGCCACGGAACAAUUGAUGCAGGACCAUAAACAGACGCACCCAUUCAUAGAGUUCCCCAAUGACGAUAAACCAAGUAGAAUAUUUUUCAAAUGAACCAACAUCUUGCCUAUUAUUUUAGUGAAUGUAGAAGACUUGAGAUGUUAUAAAACUAUUAUGUAACUUUAUUUACCAGCACAUAUCCUUAAUUUUCUUUAAUGUAAGAUGAUUUCCGCUAAGACGACUGGUUUCGGCCGACUGCGUUUGUACUUGGCGCUAAGAUACAGAAUCGCACAUACAGACCACUAAUCUCUUUCAAAGAGUCAAAGACAUAAAUGGUUUUUCAAAGGAUCUUUUUGUCGUAAAGACUAGUCAGAUGAAUGGCAGCUUUGUGUUUCAUCAGAACGAUGCAUUCUUGCGCAGGCGCAUAAAAUAUAUUGCAUCGUCAUUAUUUUCUUCAAUGAGAGUUAUCUUGCGCUAAAGCUAAAGUGGAGAGUGCUGGUAGAUAAGCUAUAUUGCGAUAUAGCUAGUACCCAACAUGAUUUUUAUCACAAAAAAAAUAAGGUUCAAUUUCGUGCCUAUAAAAUAUACUAAUAUCACCCAAUUUUAGAUUAGACCAAACUUGACAGUUUUGGUUUUCAACUUAUAGGUAUUAACGC